UAAGAGUUGUUUUUUUAGUCUAACGAAUGUGUUUUAAGCAAUAAUUUUAUGCUUAUUGCUGAAAUUAGGAGAAAGAUUAUUCAUCGAAAAGUAAUAUUUGCUUCAUAACAUAUGUUCUUUUAUAUUCACACAGAUAUUUAUUUAUUAAAUUAAAUUAGUAUUCUCUGUAACACGAUACAUAUACCAUAAAAUGCAUGAAAAUUUCUAUAAACGAAAAUAAAUGAAAUUCUAGUUUAAAUAAUUAAUAGCAAACCGACAACUUCAAAAAGUCCAACACGACAACCAAAUGGCGAGAAAGUAGACCGGAUACAAUGACAUGAGGUAUUGCUGGAGGAUGGAGUAUCUAUAGUGUUUUCUGCAGCAAAAUUCAUCCACAUAUUUUGUAACAUUUAAUGAAUUCGAUAAAACAAAUGUAUAAUUACAAAUGUUAAUUACUGGUGUUUUCUUUUUAUCUAGACCUGCGAACUUUUAUCUGAAGCAGAAAUCAUGUGCCCUAGUCCAAAGGUACCAAUUAAAAAGCUACAUUUUGUUAAAGAUGGAACCAAUACACUACCCAUACAGCUGGAGUAUGGCUUCAGAAUGGAUAACGUUGAAAGAGUGACAAAUUUAAGCAACCGGCCUGGUUUUUCUAAGUUUUUCAUGUAUCCAGAUCCAGUUGUUUACUCUAUCUCCGAAAAUAAUGGAAUCAUACAAUACCGUGGAGAAAAUCUCGUCAUUCAGGGAAAUAACUUGAACUAUGUUUUUCAAGUAAGUGACAUUAUAGUUCAUAUUGGAACAGGAUAUUGCAAUUUGACGUCUUUGACCCCAUCCCGUAUUACGUGCGAACCACAAAAUACCAUUUCUGCUGACAAAAAUGCAAACAGUGACCUUUAUGAAAAUGAGCUUCUUGAAAUUGUGGUAGAAAUAGGUGAUAGACUGAAUUUUACCAUUGGAAAGAUGAAAUACAGUUCAAAGAAAACAUUCACUCUAGGAAAUCCAGUGUUAAUUGGUGUAGCCAGUAGUCUUGUCGUUUUAAUUCUCAUAAUUUUAAUUAUUUCGCUUUACUGUUAUCGGAAAAGAAUGAAAAAUAAGGAAUCAUUUGUAAUCCAUCUUGAAAACGCAUCAAAAAGAUUAGAAAAUCCACCUGAUGUAUGGAGAAAGAACAUGUAUGGUGAUGAGGAUGCACCCCAAUUUGUACCAGCAAGAAAAUAUGUAAGACCUAAGGUUAACAAAAUAACGACUUGAUAGUGGUCUUAUUAGCUUCAAUUUUCUAGAAGCACUUAGACUUACUAUUCAAGGAUCAACAUUGUACGCCUUAAACCUCAAUUUGUACAACUUUAUGCAUAAAAAGUUUCCCAAAACUUGAACUCACAUUGGAUACUUGCAAUCGAAAGUAGUCAUUGAAACUGUGUAGUUGAAUAUCGAACUAGAAAACAUGAAAACUUUUCUCCUUUCAAUGAAAAACUGUAUCUUCCAGUUGAUUAAAAAAGUUGAUUAGCAAAUCUAUUAUUAAAUUAUGUAUUUUAUUUUUUCUGAAUAAAUAUUGUCAUUUGCCUUAAGCUUGUCGCAGUUGAAACCGAACAAAAUGUGAAAAAAAAAUUUUAAUGCUCUAA